CACGUGACUCCGUGUCCGUAUAACAGCCCAUCAAACGAGGACACCGACAAUCUGACUGUAAGCAGCCAAGGACACCAUGAACAACAUACUGAUCCUCUUCAUCACCCUGUUAUUCAGCUCGCUGGGCUUCAGCGGUUUCCUUGAAUAUGACCAAGAUGUCCUGCUUUCACCGGACUGGACCCAUGCUGGUCGGGUGGAUCCUUCAGAGCAGUUGGAGUUGACCUUUGCCCUAAAGCAGCAGAACAUUGACCUUCUAGAGGAAACACUCAGACGGGUGUCAGACCCUGACUCACCUCAGUACGGUAAACAUCUGAAUCUGCAGGAAGUUGCCUCUCUCGUGCGUCCCUCUGAGCUCACCCAGAAGGUGGUGCAUGGCUGGCUGCAGGCACAUGGCGUUUCAAACUGUCGCACUGUUAGCACCCAGGACUUCUUACAGUGCACCAUGACUGCAGAGGUUGCAGAGACACUCCUCCCAGGAAGUAGAUUUCACCGCUACGUCAGAGAUGGCCAGUCCAUCGUGAGGUCUUCAGGUCCAUAUUCUGUCCAUGAUGAGGUUCACCACCACCUAGAUUUUGUUGGAGGCCUUCACCGCGUCCCACCCAGACAGAAACACGUCAGCCUGAACCAGCCGCCAUCUAAGGCUGGGGUCCACCUCGGAGUGACUCCGGCCAUCCUGAGGGCCCGCUACAAUCUGACCGCAGCUGAUGUUGGGACGUCUCAGAACAACAGCCAGGCCGUUGCGCAGUUCUUAGAGCAGUACUACCACCCAGCUGACCUGGCUGAGUUCAUGGCUAUUUUUGGUCGGACCUUCCAGCACCGCUCUGAGGUGGAUCGUGUUGUUGGCACCCAGGGAGGAGGGAAAGCUGGCCUGGAGGCCAGCCUGGACGUCGAGUACAUCAUGAGCACUGGAGCCAACAUCUCCACAUGGGUCUUCACUAAUCCAGGCCGCCAUGAAUCUCAGGAGCCCUUCCUCCAGUGGAUGGUCCUGCUCAGCAACAUGUCCGACCUGCCCUGGGUUCACACCAUCAGCUACGGGGACGACGAGGACAGCCUGUCCACCGCCUACAUGAUGCGCAUAAACACAGAGUUUAUGAAGGCCGGCGUCAGGGGGAUUUCUUUGCUCUUUGCCUCUGGUGACAGCGGAGCCGGGUGCAGACAUCUGGGGAAAGAUGAGAACACGUUCAGGCCCAGCUUUCCUGCUUCCAGCCCCUAUGUGACGACAGUAGGAGGAACCACUUUUAAGAACCCGUUUAAAGUAACCUAUGAAGUCACACAUUACAUUAGUGGAGGAGGCUUCAGCAACGUCUUCAAGAUGCCAGACUACCAGGCCAGUGCAGUGCAGGGGUACCUGAAGAGUGUAAAAGCGACUCUCCCUCCUCAGUCAUACUUCAAUACGAGCGGCAGGGCCUACCCAGACAUAGCUGCACUAUCGGAUAAUUACUGGGUGGUCAGCAACAGAGUGCCCAUCCCCUGGGUGUCCGGAACCUCGGCUUCAACUCCUGUGGUUGGAGGCAUGCUGGCUCUCAUCAACGGCCAGCGUCUGUCGAAGGGCUUGCCUGCGCUCGGCUUCCUCAACCCCCGCCUCUACAAGCUUAAAGGACCGGGCCUGUUCGACGUAACUGAAGGAUGUCAUGAGGGCUGUCUGGACGAACAGGUUCAGGGGAAUGGCUUCUGUGCCGCUCCGUCAUGGGACCCUGUCACAGGCUGGGGGACACCAAACUACCCUGCCCUGCUGUCUGCGCUGCUGUCUGAUUGAACAGAACCAACCCAGAGCUGAACGGGGCGCUAAUGCGCCCUGAGAGUGUGGGCUCCACUCCGAUCAGGUUCUUGAUGCCAAAGGCAGGACAGUGGAAACAGGAUACUGGAUUACUGCUGCUGUAGUUUUGUGAUUUUUAUCAUUUAUGUUUUGCAUGAUUCAUGAUUCAUAAGGAGUUUCGGCACCUGCCCAGGUUUAAGCCGUGAACAUUUUAAAGAUGGAAUUAACUUAGCAUUACUGCUGUGGCCUUAUUUUGCAGUUUACUGAACAAUAUUUUUCUAAAGUCUGUGAGAAAUCUUUGUUUCCUCUUUAGGAGUCAUUUAAAUUCUAGACAUGGAAAAAUUGUAAACUUGAGUAGUUUUUUUUUAUUAUUGUUAGGCUAAAGUAAAACAAGUUUAGAAAAACUCAGACAGCUUUUAAGAACGAAUUUUAAGUAAUGAUGUAUGUCCUUUUACUUUUGUCUCUACAGCGAAUCUUCAUUUGAUCCUAAGAUGCAUGAAGCUUUAACAUCUUUUAUAUGUUUAGAUAAAACAGGAAGAUUAUUUUGUGGCUUAACAUUUUUAUCUGUUCCUGAUGACUAUGAACAAAAUGCACUGUUUGAUGUGGGUUUGGAAAUGAUUCAGCUAAUUUACCCACAAUGCACUUUUUACAGUACUUGCAAAACCACAAAUCAGAUAUGAUUUUGUUUUUUUCUGUUAAUUCAUUGCACCUAAAAUGGGGAAAUGAAUUGAAAUGUAUUGUGCAGAAGCAACGAUUAAAAUUUGAUUUUUUUUGGACGUUUUAAAUAAUGUC